AUGUGGCGCGUGCUGCUCGCCCUCGGGGCGGCGUGCAUCUCCGCGCGCGCCUCGCAGGACGUGGUGCGCAUCUUCACCGACAAAAACGAUCCUUCGACGCAGUUCAACCACCUCGUCGUUGACCGCAACACGGGCAGAGUCUACGUAGGCGCCGUCAAUCGACUAUUCCAGUUGUCCCCCGAUCUUGAAGUCGCCCAGAGGAUCGACACCGGACCGGUCAACGAUUCCUCCCAGUGUACUUUCGAUUGCCCACCUAAUUUCGUGAAGUCGACGGACAAUGUGAAUAAAGCUCUCGUAAUAGAUUAUGCGACCAGUCGCUUAAUAACUUGCGGUUCGGUGCUGCAAGGACUUUGUUCUGUUCGUAAUUUAAACAAUAUUUCGCAUGAUGUAAGGGAAGUGCGUGAACCGGUCGUAGCGAACAAUGCGAGUGCUUCCACCGUAGCGUUUAUUGCGCCUGGGCCUCCGAACCCACCUAUAACGCAGGUCAUGUACAUUGGAGUUACGUUUACUGGUAAUUCACCAUAUCGAUCGGAAGUGCCCACCGUUUGUAGCCGUUCUUUAGAAGAUGAUAGACUUUUUAUGAUUGCUCGUACAGCUGUAACUACUGGAACGCGAAUGUUUGUCAAUUCUCUUUCUCGUGAACGUUAUCCUAUAAACUAUGUGUAUGGAUUUAGUUCCGAAGGAUUCAGUUACUUUUUAAGUACUCAGCUGAGGGGUGUUGGCUCUGAUACAUACUACAGUAAGCUGGUGCGUGUUUGUCACGAUGAUGAGAAUUAUUAUUCGUACACUGAAAUUCCCAUGUCCUGUAUGGGCGAAGGAGGCGGAAAUUUCGGAUAUAAUCUGGUUCAAGCUGCAUUCGUUGGAAAAGCAGGAUCUGUGGUGGCUGGCGAAUUGGGAAUAACCGCGCAGCAUGAUGUAUUGUUUGCUGCAUUCAGUCAAAGUGAAUCAAUUAACACAAAUGUACCCUCGAAUCUAUCAGCUUUAUGUGUGUAUUCUUUAAAAGCAAUUCGACGUAAAUUUAUGCAAAACAUCAAAACAUGUUUCAGUGGAAACGGUUCUAGAGGCUUAGACUUUAUUUCUCCGUCACACUCAUGUAUUGGAACUAAAUUGCAAUCUAUUAGUGAAGAUUUCUGCGGACUGGAUGUAAAUACACCGCUGGGCGGCGAACAACCGGUGGAAGCAGUACCAGUAGCUGUGUUUAAGAAGCGAUUAACGGCAGUGGCAGCGACAGCAACAGGCGAUUACACCGUUGUCUUCGCCGGAACUGCUGAAGGUCACCUUAAGAAAAUCGUCGUUGAGAGUGCCACAUCAGCUUUUGAAUAUGGUGACAUAGUUGUUGACGAAAGUUCGCCAGUGAAUAAGGAUUUAUUUUUUGAUACUCAAUUAAUGCAUCUAUAUGUGAUGACGGAACGAAAAGUAUCUAAAGUAAAGGUUCAAGAAUGUAGCGUGUACAAAUCGUGUUUGACAUGCCUUGGAGCAAAAGAUCCAUAUUGUGGUUGGUGUUCCCUCGAAAACAAGUGCAGUCUACGCUCCGAUUGUCAGGAAGCCGCGGAAGAUCCUUUGUAUUGGAUUUCUUACCGCAGCGGACGUUGUACUACUAUUACACAAGUAACACCAAACCAAUUACAACGAACAACUGCAAGAACUCUAGACUUAGUUAUCGAAAACCUACCGACUCUUAAUGGGCAAUUUUUGUGUGCCUUUACAGCUUUAGAUCGAACAUUAAUAACAAAUGCUACUCGGAAGCCCUAUGGGGUUAAUUGUACGACGCCACGAACCGAUACCUUACCACCAAUACCCGCUGGGCAACACCACUUUACAGCAAAAUUAUCCGUGCGCACGACACAGGGACCUGAUUUUGUAGCUUCUAAUUUUACCUUUUUUGAUUGUAACACGUACAGCUCGUGCACGCAGUGCGUCAGUUCCUCGUUUCCUUGUGAUUGGUGUGUGGACGGCCAUCGAUGUACACACGAUACAGCUGAAAAUUGUAGAAAUGAUAUCCUCGUCACAGGCGUGAGCAGGAUAGGUCCUAGUUAUCGUUCAGGACCUGGCUUCUGUCCUACGAUUAAUUCUACCUCUGAUGGUACAAAUGAAAUUUUAGUUCCUUCUGGUGUUAAAAAAGCCAUUAAAGUAAAAGUUCACAUUAUAGGUCAAUUUAUUGUCCAAACGAGGUUUGUUUGCCAGUUUAAUAUAGAGGGUCGGGUGACUCAUGUUAAUGCUCAACUCCUAGCUGAUACUAUUUAUUGCGAGGCCGUUGAAUUUACAUAUACUUCUCGUGCUCCUAACAUAACUGCGUCGUUUGCGGUCAUAUGGGGUGGUUCUAAGCCUUUAGACAACCCGGAUAAUACGCAUAUACUCAUCUAUAGGUGUAAUGAUAUGGCUGAUAACUGCGGGAUAUGUUUAGCUUUACCAGAAAAGUUUGGUUGUGGAUGGUGUCAGGGAUCCGAUAAGUGUGAAGUUCAAGAACAAUGCGGGGCUCCGAGCGUAUGGCUCAAUCGAACACAAACAUGUCCAAAUCCCGAAAUUAUAGAAUUUAAACCACAGCUCGGACCUUGGGAUGGCGGAACCAAUAUUACUAUUGAAGGAAUAAAUUUAGGUCGUAAUAUAUCCGAUAUAUACAAUGGCGUUACGAUAGCUGGUAUUAAAUGUCAGCCGAUUAUUGAGUUAUACGUUAAAACUAGGCGGAUUGUCUGCACAGUUGACGGUCCUGGCGAAGAGGUUCCUAGAGACGGACCAGUAGUUGUUCGCGUGGCAGAUUAUCGCGGUGAAUCGAAACAUCACUACGCUUUUGUCAAUCCUAAAAUAAACUCUAUUCAACCGAAAUAUGGUCCACAAUCGGGGGGCACGAAAUUGCGAAUUACAGGCGAGUACCUAAACGCGGGAAGUAACAUUCAAGCGUUUAUUGACGAGCUACCAUGCGUUAUUUUAUCAGUAUCACACGAGGAAGCUUACUGUAGAACUAGUCAUUCAUAUCAGCUUAAAAUGGGUACAUUGCGGAUGCGCUUCGAUAAUGGUAUGCGUACUUUGGAACGGGAAAAAUUUGAGUAUAUAGAGGAUCCUGUUGUUGUUUCUGUCGAAUCUGGACCACUAUUAGCAUCGCAACGUAAGCAGCCAAAAGGCAUUCCAUCCGGAGGAAUAAAUAUUAAAGUUAUGGGUCGAAAUUUCCAUUCUAUUCAGAUUCCACAAAUAUACGUCUAUCACGACAACCGUCCUUAUACAGCCCCUUGCCAUAGAGUCGACUUUCAAACGCAUCUCAUAUGUGAAUCGCCCGGUAUUGAAAGCGCAGGACUUAAUUUAGAUCCCGAUAGGCCGUUAGAGUUAGAGUACGGGUUUAAUAUGGACGAUGUUCAAAGCGUUUUGAAUCUAACAACUAAAACAGGAGAUGCCUUUCUCCUUUAUCCGGACCCGAUAUACGAAAAAUUUGAUGAAGAUGUGAAGUAUUAUAAAUCUGAAUAUCUUACUAUAAACGGUCAGAAUUUAGAUAGGGCGUGUACCGAGAGCGAUGUUGAAGUACACGUUGGAGAAAGUGUGUGCAAUGUGACGUCUCUUGCGAGACAUCAACUGACGUGUCGGCCCCCGUCCCGCGACGAGCUGCCUGACGGGGUGGAAAAGCCCGAGGUGAUCGUAAAAGUCGGUCGGGCUCUUACCUAUAAAAUUGGUAAAUUAUCGUAUUCGUCUCAAGCUGGCCUUCCGGCAGCUAUAGGUAAACCAGUAUUAUUCGGUGUUGUAGCAAUUAUUAUAAUACUCACUUUUGUAUUUGUCGUGUUUCUAGUUAUGUAUAGGCGUAAAUCAACUGAAAAUAUUAGAGUUUUAAAGAAUAUGCAAGAGCAAAUGGAUAUAUUAGAGUUAAGGGUAGCUGCGGAGUGCAAGGAGGCUUUCGCGGAGUUACAGACUGAAAUGACUGACUUGACGGGAGAUAUAACUGGCGGUAUACCUUUCCUCGAUUAUCGUACGUACGCAAUGAAAAUAUUGUUCCCUAAUAUAGACGAUCAUGCUGUUCUCCAAUGGGAGCGCCCAGAGCUUAUGAGGAAAGAGAAAGGUCUCCGAAUGUUUGGGCAACUUAUUUUACAUAAAACAUUCCUUUUAUUAUUUAUUCGUACUUUAGAGAGUAAUAGAUAUUUUUCAAUGCGCGACCGUGUCAAUGUAGCUUCACUUAUAAUGGUUACUUUACAAAGUAAAAUGGAGUAUUGUACGGACGUUUUAAAGACCCUAUUGGCCGAGCUUAUUGAAAAGUGCAUGGAGAGCAAAAGUCAUCCUAAGUUAUUAUUGAGAAGAACUGAGAGCGUGGCCGAGAAAAUGCUUAGCGCUUGGUUCACAUUUCUUUUAUAUAAAUUCCUUCGCGAAUGCGCCGGCGAACCUCUUUAUCUUUUGUUCAGAUCUAUGAAAGGUCAAGUAGACAAAGGGCCCGUAGAUGUUAUAACCUCUGAGGCACGAUAUUCACUAAGCGAAGAGAAACUAAUUAGGCAGUCGAUCGAUUUCAAACCGAUGACCGUUAGCGUGUCCAUUUCACAACAGACGCUGUUCGUUAGCGGUUUAGAGGCUCCCAUGGAAAACGUGCAAGUUAAAGUUCUCGACUGUGAUACGAUUAGCCAAGUAAAGGAGAAGUGUUUAGAUGCCAUUUAUCGCGCUACACCGUAUUCGCAAAGGCCGAGUCGUGACGAGUUAGAUUUGGAGUGGCGCACGGGCGCUAGCGGCCGCUUAAUUUUGUACGACGAAGACAGCACCACUAAAUGUGAAGGUGAAUGGCGCAAGCUGAAUACCCUCAACCAUUACCGCGUACCGGACGGCGCUUGUCUUAGUCUAGUCGCUAAACAGAGCUCCGUUUAUAAUUUGUCCAAUAUGGAAAAGAACGACAAAUCGCAUACUUACGAAACGCUUAACAGGGGUAAAUACGGUUCGGCUAGCCCCCCAGCCAGUCCGCUCAAAUUGGAGCACGGCUUUAAAUACUGGCAUCUCGUGAGACACCACGACGGUGAUGCGCAUAAAGAGGGAGAGCGAGGUAAUAAAAUGGUAUCGGAAAUAUAUCUUACGCGUCUACUAGCCACCAAGGGUACGCUGCAAAAGUUUGUCGAUGAUUUAUUUGAAACUAUAUUUAGUACUGCGCAUCGGGGCUCCGCUUUGCCGCUCGCUAUAAAGUAUAUGUUCGAUUUCCUCGAUGAUCAAGCACUUCAGCAUGCGAUAUCCGACCCUGAAGUAGUUCAUACUUGGAAAAGCAAUUCGUUACCUCUCCGUUUCUGGGUUAAUCUAAUUAAAAAUCCCAAUUUCGUUUUCGAUGUGCACAAAUCGAAUACUGUCGACUCUUGCUUAUCCGUGAUAGGGCAGACUUUUAUGGACUCUUGUUCCACUUCCGAUCAUAUUUUAGGCAAAGAUUCCCCUUCAUCUAAGCUUCUUUACGCAAAAGACAUUCCGGUGUACAAGGAAUGGGUAGAGCGGUAUUAUGCCGAUAUUAAGCUGAUGCCUGCGAUCUCCGACCAGGAUAUGAACGCAAUGCUGGCGGAGGAGUCGCGGCUGCACACGAAGGAGUUUAACACGAACUGUGCACUGAACGAGCUGUACGCGUACGCGGUUAAGUAUAAUGAGCAGCUUAUGGUAACUCUCGAGGAAGACGAGUUUUCGCAAAAGCAGCGGCUCGCAUACCGCCUCGAGCAGGUGCACGGCCUCAUGGCGCACGACUAUAACGUCUGA